UCUCGUUGACGUCUUUAUCGCCUACAAAUUAUGAGCACCGUUUCUUACAACCACGACAGUACAUCAGGUCCAAACGAGAUGGCAGGCGGGCUUUGGACGGUCGGUGCCCGGGCGACGGUUGGUUUCGUCUUCGGGGUGAUUAUUCUUGUGGGGUUGGUUGGUAACGCCGUGAUAAUAACUGUGAUUAAGAGAGAACAUAAACUGCACACGAGAGCAAACUACUUAAUCGGGUCGCUUGCAAUGGCCGAUCUUCUAGUUUCUCUUCUGGUAUCACCAUUUUCUGCCGUGAUGACGUUGCACGAGUUCACCCCUAAUCUUUAUUUCGUUGGCCACCAUGUAAUGUGCCAGCUUUUUACCUUCCUUGACGUCACAUGUUGUACUGCCUCUAUAUUGCAUCUGUGCGCAAUCGCGCAUGACCGAUAUACAGCAGUUACAAAGCUGCAGUACCGUCACAGAACACACUUUAAGAAGGUCCUGCCUUGCAUCGUGUUAAUAUGGUUGGCAGCUGUACUACUGUCAGUCACGCCUUAUUUCGUGUUUCCAUCGCCAACUACGGGUGCGAAAGAACCGAAUACGGACACUGUAGAAUUGUCACCAAAUAAUUUCACUUCGGCACCAAGCAUUGAAGUUAUGGUGACAUCAAGUCAAAUAAUAAACGAAGGUCUCAUGUGUAGCGUUAAUACUAACAAGAUUUAUCGAAUCGUUGCCACAACCAUUGCAUUCUAUGCACCCUUGGUAAUCAUUAUCGCCAUCUACUGGCGAGUUGCUCGCAUUGCUUGGACGCGGAUUCACCACAGUGUCUCUGCAACGCCAUCUAACGGAAAAGAGUUUCACUUCCCUAGUACUAUGCAAAGUGAGGAAAAAAACAACGUUGGUUGCAUUGGAAAACCGUCACAGUCGUCACCCCAGGCAUCAAAAUUUGAGUUUCUAACAUUCGGGUUGCUGCGAAUGAAAGCAAUUCGGCUUUGUUGUCACAACGAUUCAAGUGAAUCCAACGCUGAUGAACUAAGCGAUCCGUUCGAUCGUUGUGAGAAAAAGGAAGAGUGUGUGAACUUUCCAGUCGACGAAUGUCAAUCGAGUGAGGAUAUUGCUACGUUACAUAAAACGUGCGAAAAGGGCAAAAAGCAAAUCAUGGCGAAAAAUAACAACUGCUCGCCCCCGACCUUGCAGAGGACUGCCAUGUACAAUCUCUUGCGACGUAAUUCCCUACGUCACACGCCGCGUCACGAGCAACAUUUACAAGAAGCAUUCUGCGUAUUAAGCUUGGGCUUCCGUCCUAAUGUGACAAACAAAAGGAGGUUUUCCCACGACGCCAGCGAUGUAGAUAAAAAUAUUUAUAGAAACGACUCGGUAUCAAAAGUUCCGAAUCAGUUUACCGAAAAGACUUUAAAGCGGUCGCAUUCGCACAGCGACGUACCAGCAAUCUUAAUAACCGCUGACGACGCGAGUGGUGGCUAUCCUGCUAAGCGUAACGAAAGCCCACAACAUCGCGUGUCUUCUUCAAAAUCUGAACAUUCUGUCGGCUUGUUGCGGUCAAGAACCGACAACAGAAAAGACAGCAUUGCAUAUUCACUUGGAAAUCAAAGCCUUAGAUCCUCAGUUCGAUCCACAGCUUCAAAUUACCUCCGAACUCCUUCUCAGAUGCGUAGCGGAAGUACAGCUUCUUUGCAUCGUAACACAAGAAGAAGGGUGACGCUUCACAGAGAGAAAAAGAUCAUUCGUACAAUGGGAAUGGUUAUUGGGGCAUUUGUAGCUUGCUGGUUGCCAUUCUUUAUCAAAGAGUUGAUCGUACCUUUCUGUGGGGAGCAAUGCCAUUUGGAUCCUUCACUAGAAGUAUUUAUCAACUGGCUCGGUUACGCAAACUCAGCAUUAAACCCAUUUAUUUAUGCUUUUUCAAAUGAGGAGUUCAACAAAGCAAUACGAAAGCUUUUUCGGUGGAACAGAAGGCGAUAAUAAAGAUGCGACAAUCAAAGAUUUCCUCACAAUUUUGUUAUAUUUAUUUUUGCCUGCUUUUGUUUUUAUUCGUUGCACAACCCUAAAUCUUGGAAGCUGUAUUUAUUGUCGACGAAAGAUAUAAACGCUAUUUAUAUCUUUAACGUGGUUUACGAAAAUCGAUUUCUAUAAGAAAUAAAUUUGUAACGUUUCACUUUUAUUUGUCGCCUAAUACAAACUUUGAAAUGG